AUGUCUUCCGGAGCCCCCGCCACCGACUUCCCAAUUACCGACACCACAUCUGAAAGCUCCAGCAGCCCUCUCGCCGCCACCCUCAAAAAGCCCAGGAAAAUCGUACAGGAAGACCUGGGCGCUCUCCAAAAAGCGCCCCAGCAGCAACAGCAACAGCAACGACAACAACAAGCUUACCAAGAUGACGACGAAGACGGCUUCGGUGACGUCCCAGAGCCCUAUGUGAUGCCUCGUCGGUCAGGCGGCCGCCGCAUGGUACCCGUCCACCAGUCGCGCAUCGCCGACCGGCCGGCCAAGGUGGGCGAGAAGGACAGCAGUUUGAAGAUCAAGAUCGAGCUAGAUCUGGAAGUCGAGGUAGAGAUCUAUGCAAGAGUCAAGGGUGACGUGACGAUUGGGCUGAUGUAG